AAACCGAAGCCGAACUGAACUAUCUAAUCAGUUCUUUUUAGUGGAAGGAAAGAGAAGAACAUCGAGUCAGCGACAAUAGAUCCGAGGAGAUUGUCGGAGCUAGAAAGAGGAAAAUGGGAGAUAUUUGGACAUGGCUUAUUUCCUUCUUCUUCCUCAUCGCUCUUGUCGGAAUCAUCGUCUAUCAGCUUGUAUGCUUAGCGGAUCUGGAGUUUGAUUACAUCAACCCUUACGACUCUGCAUCGAGGAUAAACUCCGUGGUUUUACCUGAAUUCAUUAUCCAAGGAGUUCUAUGUGUAUUCUAUCUCUUAACAGGACACUGGUUCAUGUCACUCUUAUGUCUUCCUUAUCUCUAUUACAACUUCCAACUUUACUCGAAGCGACAACACUUGGUAGAUGUCACGGAGAUAUUCAAUUUACUUAACCGGGAAAAGAAGAAACGGCUGUUCAAGCUGGCUUACAUAAUCCUUAACCUCUUUCUCACUAUCUUCUGGAUGAUUUACUCGGCGAUGGAUGAUUACGAGGAUUGACUGAUGAAUGAUGAUGAAAAGGCGAUCCAGCUUCUUUGUUUUUUUCAUCAUCGGCGCUUAAAAGAUACAGCGCCGUGGUGGUGGACAUGAGACAAAUGAAAGAACAAAGUGUUUGCUUGUGGUACACGUUUAAUGUUGUUUGUAAGAUUAGUGUUUUUUUUUUAAUAGUAACAUUUUGAGAUCCUGAUAAGAUCUAACAGAAACAAGUACAACUUAACAAGUCCAGUGUUAGGAAA